AAUUCUUAACUCUCUUGGAAAACCAGAGAAGGCUUUCUCUUUAAAACCCAGACAUAGCAAACACUGACAAGAUUAUAGAGCCCAAACUACAGAGGGCAUGUCACUGUCUGUCGAUAAAUAAAUACCACACUUUGCACAUACAAGGUGUUUGGAUUUUUUUUUUCAUAUUCCCUUUUUUAAUAUUCAAAUGUUUCAGCAUGACAAUUUUAACUGAGGAUGUGAAAUUGAAAAACAUGAAUCGGAAACGUUGAAACAUUUAAAUAAUUUACAGCUCAGGAGGUUAAUUGAGCUUUACAUGAAAACAUCUCAGCUCUUCUGACCAAAUGUUAAAUGUACUUUCUGACAACAAAUGGAUUUUCCUGAUUUUAACUGCUUUGCUGGUGAAUCUGAUGUCUGAGUGCUCCGGAGCUACAAAUGUAAAAACCCAACUAAAAAAAAAAUUGUAGGACAGAAUCUGAAGUGGUAUUUUAACAGCUGCUUGUUGUGAAAAUACAUUUUUCACCAGAAUUCUGGUUUAUUAUCUUAAAUUUGACUCGAUUAUUGAGAUUGUUUAAUUGUUGGCAUCUUCUUCUAACAUUGUAAAGUCUUUAGCCUACAUUAUAAUUGGAGUAAAAUACAUUUUGAAAUACCCAACUUAAAAUGUUGACGUAAUAAUACAAAAUUAACACUUAUGAAUGGCUUUUCUUUUUCCCCAGUGCUAAAAACUUAGAAUAGAAUAGAAUUCAGCUUUAUUGUCAUUGCACAUGUCACAGGUACAGGGCAACGAAAUGCAGUUUGCAUCCAUCCAGAAGUGCUUUAGCCGUGAUAUAGAUAUAUUACAAUAUAUAUUAGCAAUAACUUCCAUACAUUUCUGUAUUUGCUAUGUGGAUUUGCUUUCCAUGUUUCCAUGUUUAAGCUACGCUGUUUUAUUUGACUGCUGCGGGUCUUUAAGUUUAGAUAAGCUCUCCUUAUUUGCCUGUGCUUAGUUUAUUUGCAUGGCUUUUCUGAAGGUGCAGUAACUGCAGCUUUCAGGGCCACUGAUAAAAACAGUUAUCCGACUUAGAGGUGAGGACUGCAAACUUACUCCAAGGUCAAAAAUGGUGCCAAGCAAUUUUUCACAAGUUUCAGCUUUGUGCAUUGUGUUUAGCACGCAGCGUUUAUAAUCUGGGCACUUUAAAGCCCUCAUACAGCUGUGCGAGGCAGCGUCGCUGUGAGUCAGAGAAGACGUGUGGGCGGAGUUAAAGUAAGAUGGCUGCGGGAAAGCGAAGAGUGUUUGAGAAACCAUCAAAUGGGAUGUUUAUCUGUUGCUAACAGGAUGCACAGCAGCCUCAGUGAAGGAGUGGUUAAUUUCUUAGCGUCCCUGACUCACUGUGGUCUGUCUUGCCGGUUGUCUUUUGGUCGCCUCCUAUCUUGUAAUCGCUUACUGCUCUGACAUUGUGGAAUUCAUCAGCAGCUAGUCGCUAGCAGCAUACCAGCGCUAACUUACUAGCAACCAGCUAGCAGGUAGCAGCCCAAGGAAAACACCACCUCGCAACAACUGUUGAGACUCCCAUAAGAAAAAGCAGUAGGCAGUGGCAGAGGCACGAGUGUGCAUCAUAGCUGAGCCGCUGAUGAGGAAGAGUCAAGCUGUGGUUUAACUAGAGUGCCAGUCCUGACCGGCUAUGGAGUGGUGUUGGCUUCAGACUGGAUGACAGGGUCUACAAGGAGGACAGGGUCACAAAGUUUCUGAAGCAGCAGCAGCAGGCUUUUCCUAGAUGUACACUGAGCGGGAUUGACAGCCUGCACAGCCGACCUCUUUCUCCUCUUCUCUGAUGUGAUACACUUUCCCUUCCCUUUCUGCCCUUCUUUUUGCACUUCUCUUUUCCUCUCUCCCACUUCUUGUUUUCCUUUUGUUUUCCCAUAUAAUUUCCUUUGCCUUCUGUUAGACUCAACGUCAUUGAGUUUUAGUGACCUUUGGUCUGCUUUAAGCUGGUUUCACUAUGAGCUGGCUGAGCAGGUUAAACCCACGGGCUUCGGGGAGUCGGUCGAGCCGGAGUGCCGCCCCUUCCAGCCCCUGCACUGCAGACCCAGAGACCUGUCUCAUGGUGUUUGAGAACCACUGGAGACAAAUCUCUUGGGUGUUGGAGCAGCAUGAGACUUCAUCCUCCAGCGAUGACCUUACAGCAGUGAGAAAUAACACCGACCAGAUGUUAUGUUUGCUGGCAGAGGAGCGUCCAGCUGAGAGCUCAGAGAGCGGCGCCAGCGUGCCACCUAUGGGGCCCAUACUGGAGCUUGUGGUCACAGAGAAUAUCCUGGAGAGGCUGGUUCAGUGGCACCUUCGCCGUGGCUUGGACCCAGACAGCCAGGGUGCACUGCUCAAACUGUUUGAGAUGCUUAUCGGUCAGUCCCAGCAGCCCCUGCUGCAGCACACAGCCAUUCUCCACCCCCUCCUGAGGCUCCUGGGAGCUUGUGCUGACCCAGAACUCGGCUGUCCUUCAGCUCUGGAGAACAGCCUGGUAUUGUUGCUUAACCAGAUCUGUGUGUCAAUGGCCCGACAGCCGGUGGUUCUAGAGAUGUUGUUCCGGGCUGCGCCGGCCCAGCAGGGCUCGACCAACCUGCUGAUCUUUUCCCUGCUUGUGCCAUUCAUCCACCGAGAUGGAGCCAUUGGACAGCAGGCGCGAGAUGCACUACUGCUGGUAAUGGCGGCGUCAGCCAGUCAUGAGGCUGUUGCACGAUACAUCGCUGAGAACUCCUACUUUUGUCCGGUGUUGGCGACAGGCCUCAGCGCUCUUUAUUCCUCUCUGCCGAGGAAGAUAGAAGUUCGAGGAGAUGACUGGCAUGCCCUUCGGCGGGAGGACUGGAUGGGCGUGUCGUCACUCGUGCUCUUCAUGAACUCGCUCGAGUUCUGCAACGCCGUGGUGCAGGUCGCCCAUCCCCUGGUCCGCUCACAGCUUUUGGAUUAUCUUCACAACGGCUUCCUUGUACCUGUCAUUGGCCCCGCCCUGCAUAAGUCAUCGGUGGAUGAGAUGAUCGCCAGCACAGCCUACCUUGAUCUUUUCCUGCGCAGUAUAACAGAGACUUCCCUCCUUAAAACUUUCCUGCGCUUCAUCCUGCUGCAUCGCCAUGACAAUGACACCAUCCUGGACACGCUGCUCACGCGCAUCAGCAGCAAUUCAAGGCUCUGCAUGGUAUCGUUAAGCCUCUUCAGGACUCUCCUGUCCUUGAAUUGUGAAGACAUCAUGCUGCAGCUUGUACUCAGGUAUCUCCUGCCAUGUACUCACGUAAUGCUGAGUCAGCGUCGUGCUAUCAGGGAGACUGACUUAUACGGAAAGUCAGCGGACAAGUUCCUGUCAUUGAUCCCAGAGUGCUGCCGGUUCAACGCAGCUGCCUCCUCUGAGAGAGAUGAGGAUAAUCCAUUUUGGGGCAAAGUACUGAACAGUCCCAGCACAGAGUCUCCUGCCCCACCCAGACCCAGCACUCCAUCCCGCUUGUCCUUCUUCAUGAGACAGCAGAGCAGUGGAGGUGGAUCAGGAGGUGGAGGUGCUCCUAUCCCCUCUAGCAUGGAUCCACUGCAGUCCGGUUCUUCGAGCUCCCACCAGAUGUCUCCUGACAGCCCGAUGCACCAUCAGCAGACCCACACAGAUUGUCUGGACUGGGAUUCGGGUUAUCUGGAGUAUCUUAAGGAUGCUCGGAGGAGCAUUGAGCUUUGCUCUUGGGCUUGUCGUGACUGGUCGGCACCAUAUGAUGGCGAAAGCCCAUCCCCAAACACAGCCCCACCACCCCCACUUCCCCCUACCUCCAAUCCCUCCAUGACUAUGUUCCCUGAGCACUUCUCUUUCCAGCAGGGAGGAAGUCAUAACUCAUCUCCUGGUCAACAAAGGGCGGCCAUUGUGGCAGCAGCGCGGUCUGAAUGGAGUAGCUCUGAGCGGGACAGCGGAGAGUGGGAUGUUACGAUUGGCAAAAACAACUGCAUCAGCCUAACGCCUCGCUCCAAGAAACGCAGCCUUCAGAGAGAGGAGCUGCCUCCCAAGCCUGUACCUCCUCUCGUACCUUCUUCAUCUUCAGCAACCGCUUUAUCCACUUCUCAUCCCAUCUCCUCCCCAGCUCCUCACAUCCCCUCAUCUGCCAUCACUGUUAGCUACCAGGCUAUGUACAAUGGAACAAUGGUGCAGGGAGACGGGUGCUCAGACAGUCGCGAUAGAGGACUGGAGGUGAAGAAAGUGAAGAGGGACUUGGGAGAUCAGCAGUAUUUGGAUGAAAACGCCAACCAAAAUGGUUCCCUUGUUACCUGCCCCUCGCAAAGCUGCACUGCUCUCCCAAAGUCUAUUUUCAGCAACAGUGACAUCAGUGAUGCACAAUCUCUUUGUCCUAGCAAGAUUUUCACUCAGACCUCCAUUAACCAGUCAGCAUCUGAUACCAAACUCUUGACAAGUGAAACCUUAAACCCACAUGAUGCAUCCUCAGAGCUUCCAGAACCCAGUCAGCAGUCUGUAGAGAGUCUCAUUGAGGAGCUGCUGGAGCAGGCGCCGGGAGACCCACAGCUGCCUGGCGAUGCCAACGGUCAGGGCAUUAGCAUCGAGGCGUUCACACAGGAGCUGAGAGAACUGGAGGACCGGGUGAAAGAACGCUGCAAAGCAGCCUGUCAGCUGGAGGAAAUCGCCAGAGAGAGUCUGUCCACUGAGCGCCAGGAAGAAGAACAGCAGCUGUCAUCAGCACUGGAGGGGAAGCUGACAGGUGACGUGAAGGCAGACGGGUCUGCGGUGGGCAUCUGUAGUCCUGCCAGACCACUUAACCAACCUGUCUCCCAGCCAUACACAGGUCCAUUCAUGACAGUUCUGUUUGCCAAGCUGGAGAACAUGCUCCAAAACUCGUUAUACGUCAACAUCCUGCUCACUGGCAUUGUGGCCCAGCUGGCCUGCUAUCCUCAGCCUCUCCUACGCUCCUUCCUGCUCAACACCAACAUGGUCUUCCAGCCCAGUGUCAAGUCACUAAUCCAGGUUUUAGGUUCUGUGAAGAACCGCAUCGAGGCAUUUGCCGCAUCUCACGAGGACUUUCCUGCCAUGCUGAGGAAAGCCCAGCAGUACUUGGUGGCCCGAAGCAAAGUGGACUGGAGCGACUCGCCGGCACCAGUUCCUACUUUGCGCCGCUCGGAUUCCCUUGUGAAGAGUCGAAAGCCAUCUCUCGGAGACCUGAUUCUUCGUCACACAAACAGUCCAACACGGGCUCGGCACGCCGCUCAGCUCGCCCUCGCACACGUACGGGAUGGCGGCCAAUCACUGCACAGCGCUCUGUUCCGGGGCAGCGGAGGUGCGUCUGGCCUUGAGAAGCAAGCUGAAGCGCUGCGAGUAAAGAACGCCGUCUACUGCGCCGUUAUCUUCUGCGAGUUCCUCAAGGAGCUGGCUGCCCUCACGCAGGAGCACGCCGUCUCUUUGCCCUUCCCUCACAGCCAGGAAGCAGAGGAAUAGAAGGUAAACUCAGACUCCUCAAACUUAGCCUCACGUUUGUUGAUUUAGGCCGUACACAAAGAAGAAAGUUAAAUAGGAUUCUCCCAUCACCACAGGACACACUUGAGACUUUUUUGUCACUAAAAUGGAUCGUCUGCAACGAAGCAGACAAAAGAGGAAAACUGGGAUUUUUGUACCAAAAUUAUUAUAGGAUACCUAUAGGACUGGAAUCAUUUUCCUCAUCUGUACACUUAUGAUAUUGUGCAUAUCGUGUAUUAUAUUCACAUCCUGUACACAGAAAAUCUCGGUAAAUACUUGAGAUUUGGGAGCUUGUAUAUACACAUACCAUUUCAUGGUAUAAUACGACACAGUAAAGCCACAGAUUAAAGAAGUAGGUGCACAUAUUGGUGCUAGUCAAUACUUAUCUUUUGUUUUGAAAGGGUGCUUUCAGGUUGGCACAAAGAAGGUUUCCUCUUCAACAACAACAGUAAAAACCACCAAAUAUUGUUUGGCAGGAAAAGACUGAAAGCGUGUGCGAGUCAGCCACUUACAAAGUAAUCCCAUCAGUUUGGUCAUCUCCGUGGAGCUGGCUCAUGUUUGCUUUCAUCAGAGCUUUUGUCAAGGACGGGCUAAGAGAAAAAGUUCACUUUAAAAAACAGAAGCGUUCCCAAAAAACAUGGGAGCUUUUUAGGUUUAUUUUAAAAGGCUGCACUAAAUGCUAGUCAUCACUGAAUGAGAUGAAAACUGGAAAAACCUCCGUGUGGGAGAGUGCCACUUUGUCUCCUGUGAAUCAGCACGACUACCAUAAUUGUACUGAGAAACUUGGGGUAAUUAUUGCCUUUUUCUUUUAACGUUUUAAACAUUUGUCUUCUGAAUUUGCACCAUUUUAUAGACAUAUCAGCAACAUGUGGGAGCAGAUGUGUCUGCCAUUGUGUAUGAGAGUUUAUUUGAAUGAAUCACUCCUUUCCAAAAAGGUGACGCCAACUGUUCAGGCCAUUAGCUAACCAUUCACCGGUUGUCAUUUUUAAAAAAAUUUAAAAAAAUUAGGCAGAGGAAUCACGAAGACGGCACUCUUGUAUAUGGAAGAGGAUUAGGGCCACUGGGGGGGGGGGAAAGUGUCUUUUUCUUCUCACGUCUUUUUUUUUU